AUGGAUGCCUACCAAGGAUAUCAUCAAGUAAAGAUGCACCCGGGGGAUGUAGCCAAGACUGCCUUCGCAGUGUGCACAGGAGUCUUCGGAUGGAAAAGCAUGCCCUUCGGCCUCAAGAAUGCAGGGGCCACAUACCAGCGUAUGAUGGACAAAAUUUUCAAGACGCAGUUGAGGAGAAACAUAUCGGUGUAUGUUGACGACAUGCUGGUGCGCAGCAUCAAAGCCAGUUCCCACGUGGCCGAUUUGGAGGAAACCUUCUCAGUGGUCCGCAAGAAUAGACUAAUGCUCAACCCCACCAAGUGCACCUUUGGAGUGCAAUCAGGAAAGUUCUUGGGUUACAGGGUAACACCAGAGGGAAUUGAAGUCAAUGUUGACAAAGUUAAAGCCAUCUUGAACAUGACCCUACCCAGGAAUGUCAAAGAGAUUCAAACACUCAAUGGUCAGAUUACCACACUGAGUCGGUUCAUCUCACGCUCAGCUGAGCGAAGUCUACCGUUUUUCAAAGUUCUAAGGAAAGGAAGUCGAUUUGAAUGGAGUAGCGAGUGCCAGAGAGCUUUCGAAGACCUAAAGGCCUACCUAACCAAACUACCAGUGCUAACAAAGCCUUAUUCGGGAGAACCACUGUACCUAUAUAUCUCUGUGGGAGUCGAAUCUCUGAGCUCAGUGCUGGUCCAAGAGGAGAACCGGCAACAACAACCGGUAUACUUUGUAAGCAAAGUCAUCCAGGGUGCAGAGCUACGCUAUACCGAGGUUGAAAAGACCGCAUACACAAUCAUGAUCACGGCCAGAAAGUUAAGGCCAUAUUUCUUAUCACACAAGGUCAUUGUGAGAACAAUAAUACCAUUCAGACAAAUCCUAGGGCGACCGGAUCUAGCAGGGAAAAUGGUGAAAUGGGCCAUAGAGCUUGGAGAAUAUGAGGUCGAGUUUGAGCCACGCACUACCAUUAGAGCGCAGGCAUUAGCGGAUUUUAUCCAAGAAACAACAAGGUGGCCUAUGAAGGGGCCGUGGACAGCGCAAGUUGAUGGUUCGGUCACUAAAGAAGGGUGUGGGGUGGGAAUCUACAUUACCUCACCUGAAGGGGAAGUCUAUCAAUUCGCUAUCAAGUUUGAAGAUAAGUUAUCCAAUAACGAAGCCGAAUAUGAAGCAGUGCUAAGGGCAGCUCACAUACUCAGAGAACUCAGAGCCGACAACGCAGUGAUUAAGACCGAUUCUCAAUUGGUGGCACAACAAUUAACAAGAGGUUGCGGGAUAAAGAAAGAAAGAAUGAAACACUACUUUGACAAGGUCCGGGAGAUUGGUAAGAAGUUUGAGAAAUUUGAAAUACAACAAGUGCCGAGGGAAGAAAACCAACGAGCGGACCUCCUGGCUAGAGUAGCCAGCGCAGUUGAACAAACCUGGAGCGAGGACAUUACUUUGAUGUUCGAACCUAAAAGGGGAGUGGUAGCGCAGGUAUAUAAUAUUGAAACCAAGGAUGACUGGAGAACGCCCAUCAUAUACUAUCUGAAGAAUGGUAAACGAAUGAAAGAGGACACCUCACGGUAUGCCAAAUACGAGAAUUAUUGCCUCAUCGACAAUCAGCUCUAUAAGAGGUCCUUCACACACCCAUUCCUGAAAUGCCUGGCCCCUGAAGAAGCACAGUUUGCCUUAAAAGAGGUCCAUCAAGGGUGCUGCGGUAACCACAGCGGACACAGGGAUUUGACGAGGAAAAUAAUCAGAGCAGGAUUUUACUGGCCCGGAAUCAGCAAAGAAUCGAAGGCCUUCGUGCAAAAAUGCGAGGCUUGUCAGAAACACGCUCCCAAAAUCAAUAUAUCUGGGGAAGAAAUGGGGAUCAUGUAUGCUGCGCAUCCUUUCGAUAAGUGGGGAAUCGACAUUGUGGGUAAAUUACCAACUACUCCGGGAGGCAAGUACUUUCUUAUAGUCACCGUAGACUACUUCUCUAAAUGGAUUGAAGCAGAGGCUGUCACCAAAAUUGACGAUAACACAGUAGAGAAGUUCAUAUGGAAAAACAUCUGUUGUCGAUACGGGGUGCCAAGGAUUUUGGUUUCGGACAAUGGAACCCAGUUCACGAGCAAGAGGAUUGAGGAUUUUUGUUCUCGAAUGGAUAUCACACAGAAAUUUGUGUCAGUAGCCCACCCCCAGGCCAACGUACAGGUAGAGAGCUGGCAAACCGCACUAUAUGUGAGGGGAUCAAGAAGAGACUUGAACGAAGCAGGGGACGAUGGGUUGAGGAGUUAG